AACAUCAGUAGUUUUUAUAGUUAGCUACAUAGUCAAAAAGGUAAAAGAAACAUUAAGCAAGAUUUUGAAAAACACAGGUCCACCUACGAAUUCCCUCCUUUUUUUUUUCCUUGUAGGUCUUUCUCCGAUGGCAGAAUCUCAAAUCCCUAAAUCUCAUCUCCAACUCUCCAAGAUCCAAAGCCCAAAUUCCAGGCCUUGCAGUUUGCUUAACUGUGAACAAGAUACUAUGAAUUCUGAGUUCGAGAAUGAGAAUCAAGAAGAUGAAGUGGAUUCGACACUCUGCUUUUCUGGUUCAAGAUUGAUUAAAUCUGGUUUUGAAACCUCUGAAUUUUCAGACACUGCUGUUAUGUUUGUAAAUGCUGGAGGAGGGGCUUUAAAGAACGAAGGAGCGAGCGGAGUUGAUGUUUGUGGAGAUAAAUUUUUCGAAGGAGGGGAUGUUUUGCGAACCAUUGAAAGCAUCAAUGGUGGUGGCGAUAUGCCACCCAUUUAUCAAUCAGCACGCUUUGGAAACGUCACUUACCGAUUCAAUGAUUUCCCCCCGGGGGACUAUUUGGUUGAUCUUCAUUUUGCUGAAAUUGUGAACACCAAUGGACCUAAAGGAAUGAGAGUUUUUGAUGUCUUCAUUCAAGAAGACAAGGUAUUGUCUGAACUUGAUGUAUACUCUAUAGUUGGAGCAAACAAGCCAUUACAAGUGGUUGAUAUUAGAGCUUCCGUGGGGGCGAGCAGGGAGAUUGUUGUAAGGUUUGAAAGUGUCUGUGGAAGCCCAAUAGUUAAUGGGAUUUGCAUAAAACGGGCUACAGAAUUAGCUGAUAAAGUGUCUCGACUGAAUUGCGAUUAUCUUGUAUGCAACAAUUGUGAUGCUGAAAUAGAAAUUUCAUCACCUCUGAAGAAACAUAUGAAAAUGAAAUCUACAGUAAAGUAUGAAAAGAAGAUAGAAGAGCUGAAGAACCUGUGCCAGCUCAAGACAGAUGAAUGCUAUGAAGCUUGGAUGUCAUUAACAACUUCAAAUGAACAACUAGAGAAGGUCAGAAUGGAACUCGACAACAAGUUCUUCCAGAAUUUGAAUUUAGAUAGGGCCCUGGAACAACAAGCUGCAAAGUUGAAAGACAUUUCUACUAAAUAUCAGUGUGAUAAGAGAUUAUGGGUUGAUUCCGUCAUUGAGUUGGAAAGAAAAAUAAAGAUCAUAAAGCAAGAGCAUUCUCUGCUAUCUAAUAAGGCGCAUGACUGUGCUGAUUCAAUUCCAGAAUUAAACAAGAUGAUAUUUGCUGUUCAAGCACUGGUGGCACAGUGUGAAGACCUAAAACUAAGGCUCAAUGAGGAGCAGGCAAUGAGGAAAAAGCUACAUAACCAGAUACAGGAAGCAAAAGGAAAGAUCAGAGUGUUCUGUAGGUGCCGUCCAUUAAGAGAUGACGAGGCUUCAGCUGGGCAUACAACGAUUGUAGAUUUUACUGCAGCUAAGGAUGGAGAUAUAGGGAUACUUACAGGAAGCUCCAUGAAGAAAAUUUUCAAAUUUGAUCGAGUUUAUACACCUAAGGAUGAUCAAGUUUCGGUGUUUGCAGAUGCUUCCCCAGUGGUAACUUCGGUUUUAGAUGGUUACAAUGUCUGUAUAUUUGCAUAUGGGCAGACAGGAACUGGGAAGACUUUUACCAUGGAAGGUACAGGACAAAAUCGAGGAGUCAACUAUAGGACUUUAGAGCAGUUGUUUAAAUUAAUCGAAGAGCGGAAAGAAAUUUCUACCUUUAGUAUAUCUGUCAGUGUACUUGAAGUCUACAACGAGCAAAUCAGAGACUUGCUUGCAACUGAACCAGCAUCAAAAAGGUUGGGGAUAAGGCAAGCUUCAGAGGGGUUUCAUCAUGUUCCUGGGAUAGUGGAGGCUAAAGUUGAAAAUAUUAAGGAGGUUUGGAAUGUGCUACAGGCUGGAAACAAUGCAAGAGCUAUAGGGUCAAACAAUGUGAAUGAGCAUAGUAGCCGAUCUCACUGCAUGCUAUGCAUAUUAGUUAAAGCAAAGAAUUUGAUCACUGGUGAGUGCACCAAGAGCAAAUUAUGGCUUGUGGAUUUGGCCGGUAGUGAAAGGCUAGCAAAAACUGAAGUGCAAGGAGAUCGGCUUAAGGAAGCCCAAAAUAUCAACAGAUCACUUUCUGCUUUAGGAGAUGUGAUUUCUGCUUUGGCAAACAAAAGCAGCCACAUCCCAUAUAGGAAUUCCAAGCUCACACAUCUACUCCAAGAUUCCUUAGGAGGCGAUUCUAAAACCUUGAUGUUUGUACAAAUCAGCCCUUCGGAGCAGGACUUAGGUGAGACCCUAAGUUCAUUAAAUUUUGCAAGUCGGGUCCGAGGAGUGGAGUUGGGUCCAACAAAGAAACAGGUUGACACCGCUGAGCUUCAAAAGUUGAAACAGAUGCUUGACAAAGCCAAGCAAGAAUUGAAAUCGAAAGAUGACGCUUUAAGAAAGUCAGUGGAGAACUUUCACAACUUAGAGGAUAAAGCCAAAGCUAAGGGUCAACUUUGCAAAACCCAAGAAGAAAAGCUCAAUGAACUUGAAAACCAGCUUUCAUCCAAGGCAGAGUUAUGUAAACAAUUAGAGAGGCAGUUGUGGCAACUUUCAGAAAGAAUGAUGGAAAAGGAAGAAAUUUGCUCAAAUUCCCAGCUAAAGGUUGUGGAGCUCGAGAACAAACUGAAAGAGCAUGUUCAGAAUCAGACAGCAUCCUUGUCUCUACAGAGAAAGGUGAAGAAGCUUGAAGACAUUUUGAAAGAGAGAACACGGGAAUUUGAGCUUCAUUCAGGGACGCUUCAACAGAAGGUUAAAGAACUCGAAAACAAGUUGAAAAUGGAAAGAGAAAGUGGAGGAUCACAACAAAAGGGUAAUGAACUUGAACAAAAGUUGAGGCAACACCAGGAACAGACAAUGCGACCGGGAUUAUCAUAUUCUGCAGAGAAAUCACAAGUCACACCCAUUGAAACCAUAUAUGGCAUGAAUCCUACAACUAGAAGGAGCUUAAACUCAAAUGGGAGAAGGAUGAAUGAGAUGGGGUCAGACUUGUUGAAAGGAACGGAGUCGCUUAGAGAGUUGAGAAGGAAAAGACAGAUCGAGAGCAAAGGGAUUGAGAACAAUGUGUUGCUAUCGUCUGCUUUCGUGGAGAAGAAGGUAUGGAGUGAAACAAACAAAGCAAGGCAAAUUGAGCAGUGGCCAUGUAGGAUUACAAGGAGUGGGAAAUCGGUAAAUAGUGUUGAGAAAAGCUUCACCGGCAAUAGAAUCAACUGGGAUCAGGGUAAAGAGCCCAGAGAGAGUAGCAAUAAGUUGAAAAUGUGGUUAAGAUGAUGGUCGGAAAUGAUUUUGACAUGAUUGUUCUAUUUUUCUUCCUUUUUUAGCUUUAAGUGUUUUUAGUACUGAGAAUAUAUAAUCCAGUAUAAUCAUUUCUCUUGAUUGAUUGAUAUAUAUGAUAAAUAUCAAAUUUAUACA